UCAGUCAGCGGCGGUGACUUGUUUAUUUCUUGCAUUUUUCUGAACAGGAUCGAGUCUCCUUUAAAUAUCGCCUUCCGUUCCUGAACGAGAAUCCCGAGUGCGAGCGGAGAUGAUGCUCCCAGAUCCGGUAUGGCAGCGGCCGGUGCUGAUGAGAGCAGCCGUGGACCCCUGCUCUUCCUCAGCAUCAUCAUCAUCAUCAUCAGCGUCUGACGCGGCGCGUCGCGUCCACCAUGCUCGUUCUUCUGGUGUGAAUCGCAGUGUUUCUGGGCUGAGAUGGUUCGGGUCGUCAGUGUUCUGGGUCUGGUGAUGUUCAGCGUCGCUUUGCUUAUUUUAUCGUUGAUCAGUUACGUGUCCAUCAAGAAAGACUUCAUCUUCACCGCUCCCAAAUACUCCAACGCCGGCGGGCCGCGGAUGUACAUGUUCCACACGGGCUUUCGAUCCCAACUGGCCAUGAAGUUCCUGGAUCCCGCGUUCACGUCGCUGAAUAAUGCGCUCAACGAGAACCUGCAGGAGUCCAGCAGCUGGAGGUUCAACCAGAGCGCUUAUUUACAGCAGAGUAAAGAGAUCGCCCAGUACAUCGAUGUAACGCACAACUUCACGCUGAUCAAGAGCAGCGUCCGCUUGGGUCAGCUAAUGCACUACGACUACUCCAGUCACAAAUACGUCUUCUCCAUCGGCGAGAACCUCAGGUCUCUGCUGCCGGACUCGUCUCCCGUCCUCAACAAGCGCUUCAACAGCUGUGCCGUGGUGGGCAACAGUGGCAUCCUCACCGGCAGCCGCUGCGGUGCGCAGAUCGACAGCUACGACUUCGUCUUCCGCUGCAACUUCGCGCCCACCGAGAUCUUCCAUCGUGACGUGGGCCGCCGGACCAACCUGACCACCUUCAACCCCAGCAUCCUGGAGAAAUACUACAACAACUUGCUGACCAUCCAGGACAGGAACAACUUCUACCUGAGCCUGAAGAAGCUGGAUGGAGCCAUCCUCUGGAUUCCCGCCUUCUUCUUCCACACGUCGGCCACCGUCACGCGAACGCUCGUCGAUUUCUUCGUAGAGCACAAGGGCCAGCUGAAGGUGCAGUUAGCCUGGCCAGGAAACAUUAUGCAGUACGUCAACAGGUAUUGGAAGACAAAGCAGCUUUCCCCGAAGCGUCUGAGCACAGGGAUCCUGAUGUUCACGCUGGCCUCGUCUCUGUGUGAACAGGUGCACCUGUACGGAUUCUGGCCCUUCGGUUGGGACCCCAACACAGGCAAAGAGCUGCCCUACCAUUACUACGACAAGAAGGGCACCAAGUUCACCACCAAGUGGCAGGAGUCCCACCAGCUGCCCACCGAGUUCAAACUGCUCUUCAAGAUGCAUGCGGACGGCGUCCUCAAACUCAGCCUCUCCCGCUGCGCCUGAGGUCAGAGGUCAAGGUGUGGGGUUGUUCGGUCUCGCUAAUGGACGGUUGUCGUGAUUGCCCUGGAUUUUAUUUCUGAAACUGUCCACACUGAGCUUGUUAUUGAUAACUAAUGAUAUCAG